AUGGUCUCUAUGGUCGAGACCUCCCACCCCGAGCACAAUGACACGGUCAUGGAUCCGGUCGUGCCCAAGUCCGAACCGUUGCCUGAUGGUUCGAUCAGCUCAAAUGUCUCAACCCCGGACCCUGAAGUCGAGCCUUUAACCCAAGAGGCCGCGCAGACUCAAAAGAGAAAGGGUGGUCGGAAACCUAUAUAUGCCACCUCUGAAGAACGCAAGCAGCGCAACAGACAGGCACAAGCCGCCUUUCGCGAGCGCCGUACGGAAUACAUCCGUCAACUUGAGACCACCAUCAAACGCAAUGAAGAGCAACUACAGAGCCUCCAACAGAGCCACCGUAGCGCCGCCGACGAAUGUCUGAUGCUGCGCUACAAGAACUCUCUGCUGGAGCGCAUCCUGCUCGAAAAGGGCAUUGACGUUCAGGCGGAGUUGCGCCUAAAGACUGGUGCUCCCGGUGCCGUCGCCAAACCGGCUCCUAAUCCCAUGCCACCCAAGUCGGCGCCAGCUCCUCCGGGCCCUCGUCCGGGACAAAGGCACCCUGCCGGCAUUGCCUCCAAGCCCGAUGCGUUCGGCAUCUCACAGCGUGAAGGUGCCUACGGAGUUUCAUCACCGCAGUUUCAAGCCACCCCCACUUCUCACGUCUCCUCGCCGUCGCAUGCCAAGUCUCCAGGCUUCGCAUAUCAGGGAGGCGGCAUGUCUCCUGUCGGCGUGGAAUCGCAGGCCGGGCGCCCGCAGUUACUGCCGCAGCCGCGAACCUUCAACAAUCAGACUUCGCCGCCGGCUAUCAGUAUGCCCCAUACUGAUCCGUCAGAUGCCAAGCCACGGAGGCCCGGGGCUGGACGAGUCCCAUCAGCAUACUACCCUUCUCCUUUCCAAAAGCACUAUGAUCAGCUCGAACAAGAAUACGAUGCUCAAGCAGAUAUGGUGGAUGAUGACCAAGAUGGAUCUAUUCACAGUUCAUUUGUCCCGGGGUUCACACCUCAAUCGGUUGCUUCGGGCUCACACAGCUUGACCGGGUUCAAUCCCCCUUCUGGCGGAGAGGGUUCAGCCGGAGACUUUGGAAAUGCAAACCAUCUGCUGGGACAGUAUGAACCGAUGCUGGACAACGAUCCGUUUGGACUGAGUGCCAGUAUGCAUUUUCCGACCCCAUUCAACUAUGAACAGAACCAUCCACGAAAUUGA